AUGCAAUCUCAGUGGGUAUUUCCGAUAUCAGCUCUCCAGCUGACCCCGAGUGUUGUCACAUCAUCAUACACCGUCGCGAAGGAGCUAUAUGAUCGAUCUAGGGGCGUCGAAUUUUUGUUCCGUCUGGGUUCUUCCCUUGGACUGCCCACUUCUGCCAUGUUCACAGCCGCGACCUGGUUUCACCGCUUUUUUAUGAGACAUUCCAUGGAAGAUUAUCACAGACAGGACGUGGCGGCUUCCUGUAUAUUCCUUGCAACAAAGACGGAGGAGUGCGGACGCAAGCUUCGCGACGUCGCAAGAGUGUGUCAGGCUAAGAUUACAGGGAAAGAUGUCUCCCUCAUACACAGCGAAAGCCCAGAAGUCGAUCAACUACAAAACGUUAUUCUUCUCACGGAAGAAGUCCUCCUCGAGGCACUUUGCUUUGAUUUCGUAGCCCCGAGCCCUCACGCCGAAUUAAUCGAUCUUUUCGAUGCCUACCAGGAAGACACUCGAGUUCACGAUUACGCGUGGAGUAUUGCUCAUGAUUCUUAUCGGACACCAUUAUGCAUCUUAUUCCCUCCUCGUAUCAUCGCAUGUACUUGCUACGUUCUGGCGCAGCGAGCUGUUGAUGGGCCUCAUUCAGCGUCCCUGGAUGCUCGAAUCUCCGCAUCUCCGCCUUCAGCAUCCCUUCCGACACCUCCUUCUCAUAAACCCGCUUCACCUGAUGCUUCUCGCUUCGCAGUUGAAUAUUACGGGUUCACAGAAGAUGACAUAGCCAAGGUCUCAGACGCCUUGAGCAUACUGCUUGAAUAUUAUUCAGCUCAAGACAUGCAGAACGCGCCGCAUGUGGCGCCUUUAACUAUGAUUUCCCCUCCCACAAGUUCCCUGCGCCCAACUCUUUAUGAACCUUUCUCUCAGGUUCCACAGCUAUUAUCGCAAUCGGCAUCUUUCCCCCCCGCAGGCACCAGUAACAGAACGCCAAUUUCAUCAUACGGGGGUAAUACGCCCGCCAAGACACCAUUGCACGUUGCUGAACAGCCGGAAAGAGCCAUCCCAGAAUCAGCAAAGAAAAUAAUAGGCCGCUUGGAUCUUAGCUAG